AUGGAGAUCGCGCCUCGAGGUGUUGCGGUUGGAGCUGGUGCAGCUGCUCGUCGUGGAGGCGCUGGGAGUGCUGGUGUUUCUGGCGGUGCUCGUACUGGAGGUACUGGAGCUGCCAAGUCGGUGGUAAUGCUGGAGCUGGAGGUGCUGGUACUGCUGGCACUGAGGGUCCUGGAGGUGCUCGUCCUGGAGAUACUCGAGCUGCCGGGGUCCGUGGUACUGGAGGUAGUGGAGCUGGAGACCCGCGCGUUGGGUGCUGAGUCUGUUGGAGGUCCUCCUGGCGCCGCGUCGCAGCGGUCGCCUCUCUCGCCGCAGCACCUGCGUGAGUGGCUUGCUUCGCGCACCCGCCUUCGGAGUCGCACUACUGGAGCUGGAGGCACUGCUGCUGGAGGUGCCGGUUCUGGGGGUGCUGCUGCUGGGGGCACUGGAGCUGGUUGCCCUAGAGCUGGUGCUGUCGACCCUCGAGUUGGAGACCCUGGAGCUGGAGGUGCCGGUUCUAGGGGUGCUGCUACUGGAGGCACUAGAGCUGGAGGCCCUAGAGCUGGUCUUGUCGACCCUCAAGUACGAGACCCUGGAGCAGGAGGUGCCGGUUUUGGGGGUGCUACUGCUGGAGGCCUUGGAGCUGGAGUUUCCGGAGUAGCUGGAGGCGCUGGAGCUGCUGGUGCUCGUCCUGGAGGUGCUGGAGCUACUGGAGCUUGUGGUGCUGCGGGCUUUGGAGCUGGAGGCGCUGGCGCUGGAGGCGCUGGAGCUGGAGGUACUGGAGUUGGAGGCGCUGGAGCUAGAGGCGUUGGAGCUAGUGCAUGUUCCCUUGCCGUCUCCUCUCUGCCUGACGUUCAGGACCCUGAGUCUGACAUGGCUCGUGCUGCUCACCCUACUGUCACGCGUCUGCUAGCCACUGUUGUCACUGACCCUUCUUUUGAGUCUGCUGCUGCAUCUGCCUUAGUCUCUGAGCUUGUUGACUUUGCUGCUGCCUGCCGUCUAGACUUCGCUACUAGUCUUGUUGCUAAGUCUCAGUCUGUCUGUCCUCCGUCCGUCAGGGGUGAGUGUGCUCUUGGCACGGACGUCCUUGAGGAUAGGCAGGAGGACUUUGAGUGUCUUGCAGCCGCUGCACCUCAUCUCGUGGCCAUGCUGCUUGCCCCUGAGGGAGACCCGAAUGCUCCAGACAUCCUGACCCCGCGCUCUUACGCUGAGGCGAUCGUGGGUGAGCACUCCUCUCAGUGCCAGAUAUCCAUGGACGCAGAGAUGGCAUCCUGGAAGUCCACCGGCACUUACGUCGACGCUGUUCCCCCUCCUGGGGCGAACGUAGUCGAUGGCAUGUGGAUUUUCAAGGUGAAGUGGCCGUUGGGUUCUCUGCCUGGCUUCAAGGCUCGUUACGUUGCACGAGGAUUCAGUCAGCGACAGGGAGUUCUUCCAGACCUUCUCCCCCACCCGAAGAUGACCACUCUUCGGUACUGCUGCACGUCGCCGCUCGGCGUGACUACGAGCUUAACUCUCUCGACUUCAGCACAGUGCUCUUACAAGGCAGUCUGCACGAGGAGACCACCUGCGCCGCCCACCUGGCUUCACUGGGUCGUUCUCUCCUAG